AUGGUAGUGCCAGCCUCGGCUCCCUCUCUACAGGAUGAAUGUAAACAGAAGCAUGGUAAUGAACUGUCUGUAGGAAAGGUGGUUGACAUAUCAGGAGGAAAGUUGCCAUGUAAAACUGUCUAUCUCACUGUGUUACCUACAUAUACAGAGAGCAGUACAGCCGAACAGAGUUUGAUCAACACCCUCCAGACAGUAUUCCAGCUGGCAAACCUGAAGGGGUACAAGUCUCUGGCAAUGCCUGCACUUGGCACUGGCUACCUCAAUUAUCCAAAGACAACUGCAGCCAAGUGUAUGUACGAUGCUGCUCUUGACUGGGCAUCCAAAAAUCCCAAGGCAUCCCUUAAGUUGAUAAGAUUUGUGAUGUACAGUAAGGACACAGAAGCUCAGCAGGCUUACAGAAUGUGUCACUUGAAGUGCCAGGGGAGAGAAGUGAGAUCAAACAGAAAAUUUGUAGGGGAUGGAACUGUUAUACUGAAGUCCGACGACAAUGCAAAAUACAGAAUGAUCAGAGAUGGUUGUGUUAUAGGCCCUGUACAGUUACUGGUCCAAGUUGGGGACUUGCUCAAUAAUAAAGCUGAUGCCAUAGUAAAUGGAGUUGGUGCUAACUUUGAUAUGAAAGGUGCUAUUGCUCAAGCAUUGGUGAAGAAAUGUCCAAAUAUUCUUCCAGAGUGCCAACAGAAAAAAACAGAAUUGAAGAAAGAUGGUGUAGUAACAACAAGCAGUGCUGGACUACAGUCAACCUAUGUGAUACAUGUACUGUUCCAGGACACACUAGCAGGCUGGAGGAAUAAGAUGGUAGCAUGUCUUGAAGAGGCAAACAGAAAACUGAUCAAGUCUGUAGCUUUCCCUGUACUUGGUGCAGGAGUUGGACCUAAGAGUUUUCCACCAGAUGGUAUAGCAGAAUGCCUGUUUGCAGCCAUAGAUGACUUCUGUAGUCAGAAUUCCAAAUCUUCAAUAACAGAGGUCAGAUUAGUCAUCCAUGACAGUAAUGUAUCAUGUAAACCAGCCAUUAUGUCAGCAUUACAGAGUAAAACCACUGCUUCCUCAUCACAAUCUUCAUUCGGGAAAUUUCUCGGGUAUAUGGCCGACAAACUAGGUUUCAAUGCAAAGCCAGUCAACGGAAAUGCAACACCAGCUCGUAACCAGGGAAAGGAGUCAUCAGUUGUUGUUGUUGUUCAUUCUGACGCCAUCAUCAACAUUGAUCGAUGUAUCAAAACUAUAGAUGACAGAAUAGGGCUGGAAUAUGCAAAGAAGUCAGUAGAUGCCGACAUGGAUGUCAUUAAAAAUCUUACAGAUAAAGAGAUUGACAGCUUUGUGGAUGCAAAUAUUGUGGUGGAUGUAAAGUUUGACAAGAAGGCAGGGAAAUUCAACAUCAGUGGACCAUCACGUAAUGUACUGGCAGCAAUAGACUGUAUACACAAUAAAAUGAGACAGGUCAAGCGACAAGAGAACAACAGAAGUGCUGCAGAGGUAUUAUACAGUCAGAUACAGUGGCACUGGCUGAAGGAGGACAGAACCGCUUCAGAUGCAAAGGAAAUUCCAUACGAAAUGAAGCCAAAUUUUGUGAUUGAGACUGCUUAUAAAGAUGGAAAACAAAAUAUGGAGUUGAUGGCCUCAGGAGGGCGAGUCUAUGUGAUAGAUUUUCAGAAACUUGUGGAAUAUCCUAAAACAAAUAUUAGUGAUACAGUCAGGGUGAUAAGAAAAGAUAUUCUGAAAGGUGGUCAGAUUCCACUGCCUACAACCUGGAUGUCGAUGAGUAACAACGAAUAUGUGAAACGUGUCACUUUGAACAGUGGUGCUGAAUACCAGAGAGUUGAGAAAUUAUUUCUUGGUCAAGUGAGGAACGGUCUGUACUCACGGAAGGUGAAAAACAGUGGUGGAGUACAAGUUGUCAAGAUUGAACGUAUUCAGAAUCGCACACUGUAUCAGCAGUACGCUGCCAAGAAGAAAUUGAUGGAACAACAGAAAUCUGGUAACAAGCAGGUAGAGCGACAGCUCUGGCACGGUACCAUGGAGACUAACCUGCCUAGUAUCAUCAACAAUGGCUUCAACAGAAGUUACUGUGGAGUAAAUGGUGUGCUAUAUGGCCAGGGUGUGUACUUCGCUGCAGACGCUUCAUAUUCGGCUCAGUCAUACCUGACUGGGUAUAAGCCUGGUGUGAAGCGCUACAUGCUCCUGGUGAAGGCGCUAACGGGAGAGUUAGUUAAGGGCAAUCCCAGCAUGAGAGUACUGCCAGCUGUGAAACCCUCACAACCCACAGUAUUAUAUGACUGUGCCGUAGAUGACGUCAACAAUCCAAUGGAGUUUGUGAUAUUCCAUGAUACUCAGGCAUACCCUGAGUAUCUCAUUACAUAUACUUCAUAGCCGUUAAGAAAGACUUGACAUAUAGAUACACUGUGUGAUAAAAACACAUACGCAUAUACAGAAUAUCCAGCCUCAUACCAUAGUCAUUAGCUACUCAUUUCAUAUAACAUAAGUCCAUAAACCAUUGUUACACAGUUUACAUACACACGAGAAACACGAGCUUAGCAACCACAGUCCCAUUACACACUUGUCAUAGACAUGUAGAAAAUCAUGAUAGAUUAUCUCAACUAUAUCAUUGUUAAUAGCCAUUUUAGUCCUAGGGAUAUACAUAAAUGUGUAACUGAUCGUUUUUGUACCAGGAACACUUGCAAAUUGUUAUAUGCAUGUAAUAGUCACAUAGAAGAGUUAGUAAGAUAACUGUUUUUCAUUUACUUGAUCACACGCGCAAUGCACCAUAAGUAGUAUGCCUACACGUUAGAAAUUGUAAAUAGGAAAUUUGUGUUACCUGAACAGUAUAUUAUCUAGUCUUAAAGUAUUACUCACAUAUUGUCUGUAUAAUAGAAAAUGUUUUCUGUUAUUAGCGUUGUGUAACACAGUUAUCACAUUGUUUUCAGUUAUUGUUACAUCAUGUUCUCUGUGGUGUUUUUGACAGACUUGUUAUGUGAUUAUGUCACUUUUUUUUUAAAGUGUCAGAUUGCUAUGUGGCCAUUUCAGCUGUUUGAUUGUUAUGUGGCCAUUUCAGAUUUUUAUGUGACCCUUGCACUAUCAGAUUGUUAUGUGAUGAUGUCACAUGUUUAUGUGACACUGUCAGAUUGUUUUGAGACCUUGACAUUGUCAGAUUGUUAUGUGAUGGUGUCACAUGUUUGUGACACUGUCAGAUUGUUUUCUGACAGUGACAUUGUCAGAUUGUUAUGUGAUGCUGUCACAUGUGUAUGUGGCACUGUCAGAUUGUUUUGUAUAACACUGUCAUUGCCAGAUUGUUAUUCGCUUUCCAUUCGUUUUGUGAGACUUUAGACUGUUCUGCAUCUAUGUUUGUUAUGUGACACUGGUUAUUAUAUGAGUUGGAUGCUUUGUUAAGCAGUGCUGUAGGGAAAUAGUUAGAUUUUGCAAACCUAAUGAAAUACUGAGCUAGAUUUGUAUAUAGUGAAGAAAAUUGUGAAUGAUUGUAGAAAAUGUUGUACAGUUCAUGCUAGUAUUAUAUCGGGUGUAAAUAACGUGUAUAAAAUAUAUCUAGGUGUUUACAAUAAGAAUAUGGCAUGUAAAGUAUUCAAUGUGACUAUAAGUGUAUGCAAUACACACAUAUAUUACAGAUAGUGCUGGAGUAUAUAUGAAAAAUUGUAAAAACAAAUCAAUAUAGUUCCAACAGGUCAUAGAAAACGUAAAGACGAUUGUGUAUUACUGUUUAUAUUUGUACAUAGAAUCAUUCUUACAAAAUUAGCAUGCAGAAAAUAAUAGAAAUAAUGAAUUGAAUGUCUUGUAAUAGUAAUACACAUUCAAAAUUAUGGACAUUUAUGUGCUUUUGCUCGAUUUCUAGAUAUGUAUGAAUUUUGCAUUUGUGGUUGCAGAAAAUGAUGGAUGGUCUUCUAAGAAGUACAUUUGGAACAUACAGAGAUGCCUUAAAUAUUUUGCUGUGUAUUUUAAGGCUAAGUACGUUGCUGUGCUGGGGAAGUGUUACUAAAUAUAGUUCACUGUGUUCAUGGACAAUACUUAGGGUAUUGAUGUAAUAUUGAAAAUACUACAUAUACCAGUAUUAGUGGAAACAAGAAAACUGACUUUAAUGGAGGAGAAUGUGUUAAAAGUGAUUACAAAAUUGAAACUGAAAAACAUGCAUGUUGAAAAUGCAGAGCUGUCAAAUUUUAUCCCUAAAAGGUGUGUUAUCGGACAACAAGAAAUUUUUCCGGCGGGAAUAUGUUUUGAGAAUACUGAGAAUUAAGUGAUUAAUUCAUAUCUUGAGAACCUUGGAAUAAUUUCUCGAGAACCUUGGAAAAAUAUUUUGAGAACCUUGGAAAAAUAUUUUGUGAACCUGAACUUAAGGUUUGCCUGAGAAAGGCAAGUUUAUUAAGGAUGCGCAUAAUGUAAAAGAAGAAUUAUUGUUAUAACGUUAAUCCAGUUUAUGUCUGAAUUUUAUGUCUUAAUUUUUAUGUCUAUCUUGAAUUGUCAGAGUAAGGCUAAUGUUAUGAGAGAACUAAUGUUUCAGCAAAGUGUUAACCAUUGUCAACCUUUUUGUAUGAGUUUUAAUAAAAUUAGAUUUUGUAGAUUGGCAGCUGUAUUAUUCACAGUGGUUUUUAUUUCACAAAAUUCGAGAAUGCCGGUCUUUAAUUCAGAAUAUUUGUGAAUAUGAAUCUGCUUAUGAAACACAAACACCAACAUUUCACUGAUUCUUAACAACAUGAAUGAGGAUACUCACCAUGAAUUUACUAAAUAAAGCCUGUGUGAGAAUUACCCAAUUUACAGUAAUUAAAGAAAAAUAGUUUCUAGAGAUUACAGUUUUAAUGAGAAGAUUAAUUUAGAGGUACAUGGCCGUACAAUGCAUAUAUGUAUUACAUAACUUGAUGAAUGAGCCAUGUCUAACACAGCAGUAUUGGGAAGUACAACAGUAGAGAAGUGCUUGCUUUAUUCUGACAUUUUAAGAACUUAAAGAGUUCAGUCAGAAUAUAUUUGCCAAUGUGAUACAAGCAUUGUUAACUAUUAAGAGUGAAUACAGUUAUACAUUUGUAUUUUGUUAUACAUAAAGAAACAUAAUAAAAACCACCAUGAAAAGAAUGUCCUCAGUUUAUGAAUUUGCAUGACAUAUCGCAUCUGAUUACAUGUUUAACCUUAAAUGGUGAGUUGUGACGUAUGCAGGUCUUGAACAAAAAAAUGGAAAUAGUUAAUCGAGUUAUCACAGAGGAAAUGCAUUCUGACUGAAUUUGAAUGAUGAAACAUUGUACAUGUAUUUUCAGAGUGUUCUUAAAUGCACUGGACAAAGAUCAUUUAGUUUGUAUUAAUUUGGCAUUCAGAGUUGAAAGGGUUCAUGCUACAGACUAUUGGUAAUUAACCACGUCCUUUGAAUAAAAUAAUGAGCUUCAUUUGUUUUUACAGGUUGUUUUAUCAUCCUAAGUCGAAGGGGAUCAAAAUAUCAUUAAUUUUGAAGAAUGAAGGUAUAGAUAUUCUCUGAAAGUAGAUGUGCAGUGUCCAACAGAGGUUAUAACCUCUAAGAAUUUGAUGAAAAUAGUCCCAGAAUUGUGAUGGAGAAACACAACUUUAAACCAACAGAUUUAUGAAAAACCUCUUGUAAGCAGCAGAAGGUAAAAAAUAUAAAAAUUAGGUAUUAUUUGAUAAAACCUUUGUGGAUGCAAAGUUAAAAAAAAAAUAGAUGAAAAAGUACUGGUUUAGAAUGUGUUUAUCAUAAUUCUGGUACUUUUUUCAUUACGCCUAGGCUUAGAAUUAUUUCAUUCAAUAAUGCCUGUGGCAUUUUAAUCUGUUAUUGCAUAUAUACUAAAUCCAGAGAUAGAGUAUGUAUGGAAUACAAAAAAAUAUUCUGAGGGUGGAACAAAGAAAUUCGUCACUACCCUCAUAUCAAGAUCUCUGAAGUGAAGGUUUUGUUUGUUCAACCAUCAGACCCAUACAGUCCUUUUUGAUGUUUGUAUAUUACAUAAACAUACCAUGUGUUAGAAACUAUUUGAUUUUUUUUUUUUUAAUAUUUAUGAUUUUGAAGAAGAAUUGGAGUUGUUUGAUCUUAGUUUUUAUACUGUUUAAAUGCUGUCAUGUGGGAAAACAAGUGUCUGGUUUUCGGUCAGUGAAAUAUGAACCUGUUAAUGUGGUCAGUGUUUUUAAAAACCUUUUUGGAACAGGUCUGACACCAGUCGGGGUGGGAAUUUUGAGUCUUGCAAUUUAGGGAAAAGCAAGUCAUGAAAACAUAUAUAUUGGGAAUUUUUGGCAAUUGGAAAAGGGUCCUGUAAAGUGCCUGUCCAAAGAAAAUAGAGGAAAAAUACUGAUGAAUACCUGCUUGUGGCUUGCAUCAGAUGCAAAAACAAAAACAAAAAACUAAAAAUAAAACUUGCCUGAUGUCUAACUUAAGCAGUUCUUAUAGAGAGUUCAAUAAAUUGGGUCACUAUAUUUAUGGGCUUAAUAUCUUCUUACAAAAGUAAAGUUGUCACACAUAAUUUAAAGUAACUGUACAUGGUAAUAUUAUGUAGUCUGCAUGCAUCAAGGGGAACUGUUCUAUCAGCACAAACAUUAAAUGUGCUGUGCUUAUGUUUGGUCUAUGACCAAAGAAGUAGAGCUGAAGUUUCUUAUCAAACUUUUUGAGUUGGGAUUAUUUCAUUUUCUUAUAAGUAACAAUAAGUAUUUUGUGUACGUUCUUGAAAGUGGUUAUAGUUCAUGAAAAUUUCAAGUUACACUUAAUUAAUAUUUUUAAGAUAACAUAACCUAAAAUUUUUGUUGGUUUAUUUUCUUUAAUAGAAAUUGUACAUUUCCAUUAUUUUCUAAUGUUGAAAGAAUAACAGAAUUAACAAGUUUAGAGGAAAUAAAUAUUUUUAGCUUUAUAAUAUUAGCAAAUCUGAUUUAGAGAAAACAGCUAUUCAUUAUUAAUAAUAUAAAGUACUGAAUUAAAUCUAACAUUAUAUCUAAGACAAUAAACAGUAGGAUACAGUAUUUUUAUCUCUAAGGCGUAAUAAGUUCUAUUUGUGAAGAAUAAAAACUACAGUAAAGAAUAAAUCGCUUAGAUUUGAGCCUUGUGAUAAAAGGUGUCUUACAAUAUUUAGAUUUAUAUGGAUUUGAAAAAUGAUGAGACGUCAAAUAAAUAAAAUUCCAAUAAAGAUUAUUGUAAAAAAUUCUUCAUUUUACAUCAUGGAUGAUUUAGUAUGAUUUUAUUAAACAAACCUUAUUUGUCAUGAUUUGAAGAUUAAUAUUUUGUCCACAUUUUCAUUUUCAUUCUGCAUUUACUUCAGAGCAGUUUUGUUAAAAUUUUGAGAGAGAAAAAAUCAUGUUUUAAGUAUCAAAUGAUGUCUGCAUUUAAUGAAACUUUUAUUUGUUAUUCAUUCAAUCCAGAUUACUAGGAACUUUGUUACACUGGUUUAGGUAAUUGUAGAAAAACAUUUUUUUUUUCAAUCAUAUAUAUUAAUUUUAUGUAUUGCUUUUUAUAGAACACGCUGUCUAAUCAUAGAUUAUAUAAGCUUCAGUCAUAUAGUAUAUUAGUUUAUUAAGUGUGUUAUUACUCCGUGAUUUUUAUACAUUAAUUUUCUUUAAGACAUUCACAUUCCAACUAUAUGUUCAUGUGGGGAAUAUUGUGGAGGUUUUUAUAGAUCUCUCUCUAACUCAUGCUGACUUAUUUCUGCAGUAGUUUUAUAAUAUACUAUAAUAUACUUAUUAAAUGAUGAUCAUGUGUUUUAAGUUGUUUUUAGCAGGACUAAACCUAUAUUUGCAUGAGGGUAUAGCCCGAGUGCCAGUAUAGGUUUAGGUUACCUAAACAGUUAGGAUAAAAAAUACAAAUUAUUGAUCAUAAAACAUAUUACCAUGAAGCAUUUGAUGAUUUCAGUCAUUUAAUCAUUUCAGUUUCAAAUUAAAAGUAUUGAUGUUAAUGAACAUUUUAACAUGAUGACAGAGUAAAAUUAUGUCACAAAUAAUGUCGAACAGCAGUGGCGUGACAUUAAACUGUUAAUCAUACAGGCUUCCAGGCGGUUCUGCCUAGGUGCAUGUCUGUGAUGAAAUAAUGCAUGGAGGGGCGCAUGGGGUUUUCCUUCACCACUAAAUCUGGAAAGUUGCCAUAUGACACAACUGUGUCUGUGCUACGGUAAAUCUCCCCCCCCCCCCCCCCCCCAAAAAAAAAAUCCCCUUGAAGAAUGUUAGUCAUUGUAGGGUUUUUAGAGGAUAGUGCAAGAUACUGAAGAUGCUCAAAUUCCAGAAGCUUCCCUUAUCCAUACAGUGUGUAAAUCAGGUGAUGUCCUACAUCUUACGGUCACAUCCAAAAAGGACUGAGUAGUCUUAGAAGGAAUAGUGGGGGAUCAAACUUGACACCUUUUCUUUUGUAUAUAGGCAUCUUGCUACUGCAUUUUGCGUUUAAGUGAUCAGAAAUCUCUAUAAAAUUGACUACCUGUGAUACAAAUCAUACAUGUAAGUAUUGAAAUAAACCGUAAGUCAGUUCCCAUUGUUACUUCUAAAUGAUACUUGGAAAAUGAGGUGAUGCACACUUGUAGCUUAGACUUGCCAUAGAUUAACAAGUGUGGGAUGAACUGAAAAAUGCAAAUUCACUGUAGAUGAUAUUUAAGAAGUAUUUAUUAAAAUGUAUUUCCUGUGUUGGCAUGGUUUACCAGAGAGAAUAUGUACAUUUCACAAAAUUACUCCACAUGGAUGUGUUUUUGAAAUGUGAGAAAUAUUGUACAGAAGAAGUUAUAUCUUACAAGAAAAUGUGUUGCAUAAUGAAAGGUUUUAUGCGUCAUAAAUUAUGUAAAUUAGAAGUUGGCUAAUUGAGUGGAUCACACUUGAAUUUGCACUUGUAAAAUAUAUCUUGUAAUGAAACUUCAUUAAGUAGAAACUAGUUGGAGAAUGACUCUUGUAAAAAUAUGGGGGAAUUACCUAAUUCUCUCAUGAUUAUUUCUUAAUACACAUGAAUUGACUUCCUUAUUUGGAACUCAUUUAAUACUGUGAAAUCAUUAAUAUUCAUGAGGAACUAAUUUUUUUGUGGAUUUCUUGGUUGUAUCAAUGCACAAAAUUAAAUCCCAGCAAAUUAGCACAUUUUCCAGUAAUUCUGUCUUAAAGUUUUGAAAUCAAAGAAUUCAUGUCUCCAUAAAGGGAGGUGAUUUUGCCUAAACUACAAAAUAUAAUGGCCAAACUACAAAAUAUCAUGUCCAUGAAAUAAAAUGAUUUUACAAUAUCCUUUCCAGAGAGUUGAAUUAAUGAAAAGAUAAGUGGCUCUAAAAUUGUUAUGAGUAAUUUCUUGAUAAGCAAUCCAGUAACUAGCAUAAAAUUGUUGACAAAGUAUUGUUAACAUUGAAGAAAUUCAUUCCAUUUAUCAAAAGUUUAUUGUUUUAAGUCCCUAGUGAAUUAUAUAUACAGACUUGAAUUAAGUGAAAAAAAGAUUAUUGAUUAAAGUCAAAUUUGUUUCAAAAGGAACUUUUUGCAGUUUUUGUUGCGCAAGUUUUUCACUGAACUUCUUGAGGCAAAUAUAUUAUCAGUCUGAAAGAAAGGCUACUUUUCUUAACUUACUGGUAAGGAGGGAAAUUGAGCCAUUCUUUGUUGGUAUGAAUAUUUUAUAUUUCGUGUUUGUGUGAAAACCUUUCAAGACAUUUUCUUGUAAUUAUAUUGCUUUUUGUAUGAAAUGAACUACUGCAUUUUCCUCCAGGAAAAGACACAUGUAAAACACAAAACUACGAUUUCUUUGUUAUGAUGUUGUUUGCAGAGAAACAGGUUAUCUCUAUAUACAUAAAGUUUUCAUGAUCAUAUUUUAAAAUUUGAAUUUCAGAGUAUCAUUCUAGCUUAAUUUUUGAUACAUUGUAAUUCUUGUUUUGAUACUUUGUUUAAUUCUAUGCAGUCAGUUAGACCACAGAGGGUCUCUGUAGUCUUGUGGUUGUGGUUGCUUCAGAUCACUUGUCCCAUACCACUGUGGGUCUGAAACGUAGCUUUAGGUGUAGAUUUUUUUUUUAUGCGAGAAAGCCAUCCAGCUGCCUUCAGAAAGGUCUGUGAUUUUACCCAGAUUCUCCACCCCAACCCCCAUGCCUGAAAUAAUGCUUGGAUGGCAGCUUAACCCUUACCAUGCUGGACACAACUUAUUCUGCCUUUGCGACCAGUGUAGAUCAUGAUCCGCCUGCACAUCUUUUUGGCAAGCAUCCCUUUUAACAGUUAAUGGUACUGUCCAAAUUUAAAGAUGGACAAGUUCAUUAUAGAAAUUUAGCAGAGAAAGGGUUGAGUCUUCUUCCACCAUCUAAAGCUCGAAAGUAGCCAUAACGAUUUGCCCUUUCGUUAUGUCAGUGUGACGUAAAAUCUUCAACAAUGAUACUUCGGGAGAUAGCUUAGAAUAUCUGAAGACUGACCUAUUUCAACGCCUAAAGGAAAACGACCGUUGUAUAAAAAAGUAGUUAAAGAAAAAUCUAACUUUCUCGCUCUACUGUGUGCUUCAGAAUGUACGUGAUACUAGGGUCUAAUUUGACCUAUCUGUUUGAUGAAUUGAAGGUUUAUCCUCAAGUUUAUCAUAAACAGUAUGUAGUCCAUUGACUGUCCCAUUUUGAUAAAAGUUACCCAAGUUAAAUUGCAUAAUUAUAUAAGGCUGUCUUACAAUUUAUUUGUAGCUCACCUUAACUCAAAAUGGUGUUGUCACCUUCCCUCGGAUAUCUAUCAGAAUUUUCAUUAUUAACACAACAGAGACCUUCACUAACAGAAGAAUGUAUUUGGCCUCAAGUUUUUUAAUGUGCAAGAUCAUCUAAUAAUGGCCUGUGAAAUUACCACAUUUCAUGUUAAGUCAUAUCUGGAGCAGUCAUUGUAAGAUUAACAAUGAAUGUAUAUGACAGUGUCUAAACAAGCACUAGACUUGAUAGUUCCAUUAAAGGCAAGAUUGCUGCAGAAACAACAUAUUUAUGGCCCUUGAAUGAUUCAAAAUUGCCAUACAAAUUACUAGAGUCCAAUUUUCUACCUUUCUGAUACAUAGUGAAAAAAAAAAUCUCUAUAAAAAUUUGUUCAAUUUCAAAACUUGGUUACUUUUGGUCAAAAACUAGGUCAAUAUAUCAUAGAAAACCUCUUGUUCAUUUUUUUACCAAAUAAGUAGGAAACCUAGUCAUCCUUUGUCAAAACUAGGUCACAAUGUCAAAUCAUAGAAAAAGCUUUUUUAAUAGGAGAGGUCACAUUUUUCCACCACAGACUAUAAUAAUUGUUUUUUAUGAAAUUAUGUCUAGUUGUAAACUGGGUCAAUUGGGGUCAAAAAUGAGAUAAUAUGAUAGAAAACGUUUCUGCAGAUGCCAUAUUUUAGCUUUAUGAAAUCUAGGUCAAGUUUGAUACCGGGUCAUCUGGAGUAGAAAACAAGGUAACUAGGUCAAUUCAUAGAUCAACUUUGUGAACACUCAUCAUGAACACUCAAGUUUCAUAAACUCCUUAAAGGAUGUACAUCAAACGUGAACUACAGUAUCCUUGUCCCAGUUGUGUUGAAAUGCUUCCUCGCCAAACUUGCUCCAUAGAGUUUCAGGUCAAGGUCAGAUGUUAAUUUACAUUUGAUAAGACAUAUCAUCUGCUCAGGGACAUGUACAUCAAACUCUGGAAAAAUAAAGAAAAAGAAAAUUCAGGAAUACAUUUUUGUGGGCAUUUUUGAUAUUUAAAAGAUGGAAGAAUCUUGCACUAUCAAUUCGUUCCAGCUAGUUAGGAAUUCUUUCAUAAAAACAUACCAGUUACAUGUAUAUGUGACUCAUAUGGACCAGUUAGUUCAAUUACUUCUUUGUUGUAUGUAAUGUGUAGUUGAUUAUAUCGAUCAAUAUUGUUCUGGAGCAGCUUAGCUGUUUUAUAUAUGCCCUGUUUAAUAGUACAUACUAAUCAAGUCUGUCUUGUCUUGUCUGUCUAUGGGAUAUUCCGGGAUCCUGUUUGACAAUUUUAUACCAGUAAAGCUAAGUUCAGUAACGAGAAUUGUUUCAGUACCAGACUUGUCAAUAUAUUACAUCAAAGUUAACAGCAGUACAGACUGAUUCACGAUUGAUCAAGAAUUUUCAAACAUACAGACUUGCAAGUGCCAGUCAAAUUAUUGGGAAACUUGAGAAAUUCUUUCACAGCUUUGGAGAUAUCUUCUUUCUCAAGAGGCAUCUUUGCUAUUUUCUCAAGUUAAUACAACAAAGGGUUAAAAACAAACAGAUAAUUAAAUUAAAUUCUUCUUAUGAUAUUCAUUGUUAAAUCUUAACGUGGUGUACAUGUAAUAGACUACAUAUUGAUCUACAUGUAUAUUAUUAUACAUGUGGGUAUAUUUAGAGUACAGAUGCCAAACAAAAUUUUUCCAUUAUGGCAUAUAAUAUUUAUGAUACAGGAGAAAACUUCUGUCGAGUUCCUGUUGUUGAAUAUUAACUGAUGGGUCACCAGAGUUUUUUCUGCUGGAUUUGGUAUCAUAGAAACCUCAAAAGUAUUAUUCCACAAGUCAGUUCUUGUCAGUAUGUAGAGCCUUAUACCAUUCCUUCAAUAAAUGAAUUCCUUUGAGAAUAUAAGAGGCCAUCUAAAAACCACUUCUAAUGUGAUAUCAAGAAUUACUGAGAAAAGCUUAAGAUGGUAUGUGGAAUCUCUGCUUGCUAUUUGUUUGUCCAGACAUCAUUUUGAUUCCCUGCCAGAAAUAGUUUCAGUAAUGUUGAUAAUAUGGCAACCUCUCAGUAAUAUUUAUUUAUGAUUGUGAAUAUAGACAAAACGUAAGGAUUUCAGUAUUUAAACUUUAAUUGGUAUUCAGUGUGGGUUUGGUAGAUAUUUUCUUUCAUGAGAAGUUUCCUCAUAAAUGAGGGAAAUGCAAUAGUUCAUUAUGUAGAUUAUAUUUUCCCCGCUUGUUUUUCCUCCUUAUACAUGUAUCAGGUUGUUCAUAAAUGUUACUGAAGGUGAUAGUACAUGUACAAUCUAGGUAGAAAAUUGUAUUUCUUUACUCAUUGAUUUGAUUGGGGAGAUCAAUAUGAAGAUGUCUAAUUUGCUCCAAAAAAUUGAUUAAUUAUGGUGUACAUGCAAAGUUUAUCAAAGUAUUAAAUAACUUCAGAGCGAGUAAUAAAUUGCUUUUAAGAAAUUUUGAUAUAUUGAGAUUGUUGAGAUUUACUCUUGUCAGUUUGUAACUUGUAACAUUUUUUUUAAAUUUUAAAAUGCAGAAAUAUCCCUUAUAAACGGAGGAAUAAGUUUGCAUUUUAGUUUUCCUUAAUUCCAACUUGGGUCAAGUACAAAAGUCAUUUUUGUGUAGAUUUCUAUAAUGUUGUAUAGGAUAGUGUACUUGUAAAGCUUAGAUACAUUAAUAGUCGAUGGUUAAAACUUCUUUAUGUCAGAUAUGUCAUUUAAUGGGCCGCUGCUUCUUAAUAAAGAAAUGUUAGGGUUAAAAAAGAAAUGCUGAAUGGGUUAAAAAAGAUCAAUAGAUAAAAGCUCACAGUUUAUUUAAUAAUCUACGGUCAUAUAUACUUGUAAAUUGGUAAACAAAUACAUAAAAUUUAUCAAUGUCAUGAACUUAUUCAAUAUGACAAAUAGUAGAUGGAUACUUGUUAGGGAAAUACCCAUUAACUUUUUCUGCAUAUUUCUUCCCAACUUAACUGAUAAAAUAAUUGAGUUGCUAAAAUAAUUGAAGUGUUUUAAUGUAAAAAAAGGAAAGAAGCUCAUUUAUGAACAGCCUGAUUUUGUAGUCAUGUAUUAUUUUGGGAAGUCAGUUAUUUCUCAAAUGGAUCUUUGUGAUUUCUUUGUUGUCUUCGAGUUUGCAAUGAUAAAAUAAAAUAUGAUGAUGCAA